UCCUGCCCGUCAAUAUCGCACAACUUUCCCACAGCUCGUUAAAACUCCUGCUAAAAGAAUCAGAAUCGAGAGGAAUCUGUUUUGACCGCUAGAAUUCAAGCACGUUUGGAAAUGCCACCAUCAGGAGAUACGCACAUCCACGAUCAUCUUCUAUAUCUCUCAGAGCCCGGUCAAAUUUUCAAGAUUUACAGCUUUCUUGAUACAUGUUCACCAGACUACCUCGGUGGAAUAUUUAGUCAGAUUCUCCGAUACCUGUCUUGAGAAAAAGGAGGCUCAAGACCUUUUGAUGAAAAUAUCGAUGGAUAAGAUUCUACAAGAAAGAAUUUGGGUUGCCCUGGAUGAAGGCUCCGAGAUUUUCAUGCUGGCCAAGAAGAACCUCUAUUAUAAAAUCGAGUUUAAAGAGGAACAGCUUCCAAGUCAGGUUCGAUGGAAGUACAAGGAUCUCCAGGUGAUUCUCAUUGAUAGCCUGGAUGAGAACUACCGAAAGCAAGGUGGAUGGGUGAAUCGACCUCCCGUCAGAGGCGCACAACCAUUGAUCUUAAUUCCAUAUGUUGGAGGAAGUUUCGACGAUGCAAUAUUCUUGAAAUAUGAUCCGUCAGUACAGGGUGCUUGUAAUUAGGUUCAACAUUAUUCAGGCGGAAUACUCAUGCGUGUUGUUUUGAGGCUUUACUACGUUGAUUUAGGCCCACGAAUAAGCUUAAUUCUGAAAUGUCUUG